AUGUCUCCCCUUGGAAAGUUCGCCCUCAUCACCGGCUGUUCAGCUGGAGGUAUUGGUGCUGGCCUAGCUGAAGUUUUCCGGGAAAGGGGCUAUCAUGUUUUUGCGACUGCACGGAACCCAGCAAAGCUUCCUGCAACUCUUCACGAUGUACCUCAUGUUACACUACUGACACUCGACGUGCUAUCUUCGGAAUCUAUUGCUGCCGCGGUGAAGAGUGUAACCAAAGAAACCGGUGGUCGACUCGACGUCCUUGUCAACAAUAGCGGCCAGAACUUCAUCAUGCCCGCCCUGGAUGUCGAUAUUGAGAACGGCCGCAAACUUUUUGACCUUAACUUCUUUGCUCCACUGGCAAUGAUACAAGCAUUUAUUCCUCUAAUCAUCGAGGCCAAGGGCUACGUUGUUAACCAGUCGUCCGCUGCCGGCUAUGUGCCGAUGCCCUUCGGAAGCAUUUACAACGGAUCUAAAGCGGCGCUGACUAUGGCAAGUGGCAUCUGGGCCCGUGAGCUCGAGCCCCUCGGUGUCCGGACCCUCACCCUCGUCACAACUAGUGUUAAGACCCCAGCCUUUGACAACAUACCAAAGCCUAAGAUCCCCGAACAAUCACAUUAUUACGUAAUCCGUGACUAUCUCGAGCGCAUGGCCGACGGUCGGCUUCAGGAGGGCGCCCCUGACACGAGGACAUAUGGCCUCAAGGUGGUGGGGGAGAUUGAAAAGGGAACGACAGGGGAGAUAUGGGUCGGCAAGGAUGCUGGCAUGAACCGCUGGGCAUCGAAGUGGUUGCCACAGUCGAUCCUUAACAUGGCGCUUGACGGCUUUCUCAAGGUCUCCGGAGAGUUGACCAAGGUCUCAGAAGCGCACAAGACCAAGAGAUCGUAA